UCCUUACAGAUUUUUUUUUUGCCAUUUGGCACUGUAUUUUGUUAUCAUACAUUCGAUUGAAUUUACAUCAUCCUUUAAUUUUCGACUGAAAAAGUAAUUAAGGGAAAGUAAAAUAUUUUACGGGAGCUAGAUAAUACACUUUCGAAAUAUUUAAACAACAUUGUUACUACAAUGACAUCCAGUAAUGUUAAAAAGGAAAGAUCGGUUGAAUCAAUUUGCCGUUUGUGUUUGGCGGAACGUGAAUAUUCUCAAUCAAUUUUUGGCAAUGACUGCGAUUCCCUACAAAACUGGAUUGAAAGUCUCACAACGUUAAAGGUUGUCGGUCAUCCAAACGCACCAGCAUCGCUGUGUUCGGAGUGCAAAACUAUUUUGAAGAAUUUCGAAUCCUUUCGAGAAAUGUGCAUAACGAAUGACAUAGUAUUCAAGCAAUUGUACCUGAAGGAUGAUCGAGUGAAAUAUUUGGAAAAUAUUUCAGUAAAAAGUGAUAACAAAGUUGAUCAAAAUGAAAGUGCAGAAAACAUUAGUAUAAGAUCUCCCGAAAUGGUUGAUUUCAACCCUACUGAUUUUUUGGCGGACGAAACUGAAAUUACUGUAGAAUACCAGGAUGCAAAGAUAGAAACUGACGCUAAGAUAUCCGGGACUGAAAAACCAGAUGAAGAAUCAGCUAAACAAAAAAAGAUACGUAAAAAAGCACAUAUGGCAGAAAUAAGAAAGAAACUCUGUCCAAUAUGCAACACAAACGUCAACGCAUUGAGAAAGCAUCUGUUAACUCACAAAGAAUACAAACCCUUCCAAUGCGAAUAUUGCUCUAGGACCUUUAAUAUGAUGUGUAACUUGAAAAAGCACAUCCGGAGACAUUUGCAGUUGAAAACCUUUGUUUGCAGCUACUGUGAUAAGGGCUUCACAAAUUCUGCUGAGUUGAGUGUUCACGUACGAAUUCAUACCAAUGAAAAACCCUACAAGUGUAGCGAAUGCGACAAAUCAUUUAGGACGUCUGGCAGCGUAAGCAGGCAUGUACAGACCUUCCACAAAAGAAUAAGACCGCACACGUGCGAAGUUUGCCAGGCAAAAUUUACAUUGGCUGCUCAUUUGCGACGCCACAUGCUGCGUCAUACUCUGGAACGUCCGUACUGCUGUUCCGUUUGCAACAGGAAAUACACACGACUAGAUUUGUUAAAAGCUCAUAGCUGCCGGGCAUAAACAAAUAUUUUUUACAUUUAAGCUCUCAUCGCAAGAGUGAUUUAUAAAAAGAAUGUGAAGCCAUUCUGUUUUCAUCCAUCGAUCUCUUUUUCUUGAUACCGGAUGUUUUAGAAAUAACUGUAGAAUCAAUAAAUUCAAUGUAUUAAUAUGUACAAAGUAUUUGAAAUAAAAACCGAACAUUUCUAAGGAGUU